AUGCCCAGAGUCAAGGCUUUGACCACAGGCUCGGUGCCUUCAUUCCUCGAUGUCAUUCUCAACUUCGCCGAGAGCGAUACCACUUCAUCAUUGGCUACUCAGGAUACAUGGCUCGCUCAAGCAAAGGCAAAUCUCAGAAACGGCAACCUCGUCUUCUAUGGCGACGAUACCUGGCUGAAGCUCUUUCCCGACUUCUUUUCCCGUCACGAUGGCACUAGCUCCUUUUUCGUCUCCGACUUCACCGAAGUCGACAACAACGUCACGCGACAUGUUCCAAGAGAGCUUGAACAACCCGACUGGGAUGUCAUGAUUAUGCAUUAUCUCGGCCUGGAUCACAUUGGUCACAAAGCCGGNCCCCUGAGCCCCAACAUGCUGCCAAAGCAGAAAGAGAUGGAUGGUAUUGUUAAGAAGAUAUACGAGGCCAUGGAGCUCAAUCACCACCUCGACGAUGCCUUGCUCGUUGUGGCUGGUGACCACGGCAUGAACUCCGGAGGUAACCACGGAGGCUCUGCUCCUGGUGAGACUGAGCCCGCUCUGGUCUUCAUCUCGCCCAAAUUCAUAGACCUGGAAAAGCCACCUUAUCAAGCUCCUACUGAUCCCAAAGAAGGUACCGAGUUUGAGUUUUACCGCAAGGUUGCUCAGAACGAUGUUGUGCCUACACUCUCUGCUCUUUUAGGCAUUCCCAUUCCUCGCAACAACCUUGGAAUCAUCCUUCCCGAGAUGCUUGGCUUCUGGAAGACGAAGGCUAGUAGCACCGGCUUGAAUACUGCAGCCGAGUUGCUUUACAGGAACGCAUUGCAGAUGCUGGGCAUCGUCAAGGCCAAGUUUGGUGACUCUGAUGCCUGGAAGUACGAUCCGAGAACUCAAGGCUCGAUCCAGAUGGACUGCCAAGAUUUUGAAGACGAGGAAAGACUGAAGUGCCGGUGGUUCUUGGUUAGAGAUGCUCUAUCUCGUAGUCUGCAACCAGGAGAGCUUGUCGCUUCGGUCGUCCAUCUCAACGAAGUCAGUCAAGCAGAUUCAUCAUCUCCCAUAACUUGUACUGAUCCCUUUGUANNGUUUCUCAGUGAUGCUCAGGAUGUCCUAAGUACUACUGCGAGUAGUUAUAGGGUAGAUCGCCUGCUCAAGGGAGCGGCUGUCUCUGCUGUCUCUCUUGUCUUGGCCAUCAACUCUAGACAGAGCAAUUGGCCACCUACAUCAGCUGGUUUAGGCUUCGCCCUGCUUACCGCUCUUUAUGGCAUCAUGAUGUUUGCCACCAGUUAUGUCGAAGAAGAGCAACACUUUUGGUACUGGGCCACGGCAGCUUGGAUGGCUUAUCUCUAUGCCGCAAAGUGCGUACGAAUUUUCAGGUCAAAAAAUCAUCAGCUAACAAUUUCUGCCUAG